AUGAAUCAUAAAAAUGUUGCUUUUGCACAACAUCAACCACAGCAGCAACAACAAAUACACCAAAUACCUCAACCACAACUUAGUGUUCCAAAUCAAAAGCAACCGCAAAUAAAUAACAAUAAUGCACCGCAAUUAAGACAAUCUAAUUCUGAAAUAACUGCAAAUACAGAUCAAGUUGAUCAAUCACCAGCAGAAGCUAGUUCAUCAUCUAUUUCAUAUUUAGAUAAAGAUGGAAAUCCAAAUGUUUUGGAAAAUCCAGCAUAUAAUCCAGAUAUUUAUAGUAGUUUUAUUCCACAAGAUGCAAUACAACAAUAUUUAAAUUAUUUUGGUGGUCCGGUACCAUAUACUGCUGGUGUUUUACCACCACCUACUCCAUUGGCUGUUCAAACAGGAUAUGAAGGUUAUAUAAUACCAGUACAACCGCAGCAAACUGAAACAAGUCUAACAUUUUGGUCAUUUUUAAGAGGUUUAAUACCAAAAGUACUUUUUGCAUGGAUGCUAAAAUUAGCAGCAAUUGCUUUAUCAGCAGUCGGUUUAGUUUUAUUUGGUGGUGCUUUAACAACUGCAAUUUGUGCUCUAACACCAUUAUGUACAAUAUCAUUUACGGCAGCGAUGCCAGCUAUCGGAAAAUCAUUAAGUGAUGAUGCAACAUUAAAUCGUGUUAAACGUGUUGCUGAAUUUUUAAAUACUGCAAUUGAAAAAUACAAUGAAUUACAGAGAAAUGAUCGCAGUGCUUUUAUUAAGAAAAUUGGAAGACGUUAUUAA